AUGGCCCACCAACUACGAAAAUCCCACCCCCUACUAAAACUUGUAAACCACUCAUUAAUUGACCUCCCCACCCCAUCCAACAUCUCCUAUUGAUGAAACUUCGGAUCACUACUAGGAUUCACCCUUUUAAUCCAAAUCCUAUCAGGAGUUUUACUAAUAAUACACUUCCUAGCAGAUGACACUAUGGCCUUCGCAUCUGUUGCUUACACCUCACGAGAAGUUUGAUAUGGUUGACUUAUCCGAAGCCUCCACGCAAACGGAGCCUCCCUCUUCUUCCUAUGCAUCUUCUUACACAUUGGACGUGGCUUAUAUUACGGCUCUUACCUACAUGAAAAUACAUGAAACAUUGGAGUCAUCCUGCUCCUCUUAUUAAUAGCGACAGCAUUCAUAGGCUAUGUCCUACCCUGAGGACAAAUAUCAUUCUGAGGGGCAACCGUAAUUACAAACCUCAUGUCAGCCAUCCCAUAUAUUGGAGACUCCCUCGUAAUCUGAAUCUGAGGAGGCCCUUCAGUUAACAGCGCCACCCUAACACGCUUUACUACCUUACACUUUCUACUCCCAUUCAUUCUACUAGCAGCCAUCAUCACCCACCUCAUAUUUCUACAUGAACAAGGCUCAUUUAACCCCUUAGGACUGCCUCCCAACACCGACAAAGUCCCAUUUCACCCAUACUUCUCCCUAAAAGACGCUAUAGGGAUAAUACUCGCCGUCACCUUACUUUCAACUUUAGCCCUAUAUCUCCCAAACCUCUUAGGAGACCCAGAAAACUUCACACCAGCUGACCCCAUAAAAACCCCUAACCACAUCAAACCCGAAUGAUACUUCCUAUUCGCCUACACAAUCCUACGAUCCAUUCCCAAUAAGCUAAUAGGAGUAUUAGCUAUAUUUUCAUCAAUCCUAAUUCUCUUCCUAAUGCCCAUGCUUCACACAUCAAAACGACAAUCAAUAGCCAUGCGCCCCCUAUCCCAACUUCUAUUUUGAACACUCGUCGCCGACUUCUUUGUAUUAACCUGGAUCGGAGGACAGCCCGUACAAGACCCCUACACACUAAUCGGCCAAAUAGCCUCCAUAACCUACUUCACAAUCAUCCUUAUUCUCAUACCACUAACAGGCCAAGUAGAAAACUGAAUUAUUAAACCUCUACGAUACCGAU